AUGGGCACAAAGAAGAUCCUGCUUUUCCUCAUAAGCACAGCAAUUCUGUGUGCCAUCUCAGAUGCCUCUCUGAGCUUGGUGAAUGGCUGGAACCACUGUGAGGGGCGCGUUGAGGUCUACUACAAUGGGAGUUGGGGCACAGUCUGUGAUAACUCCUGGGACAUCAAUGAUGCCACAGUUGUGUGCAGGCAGCUGGACUGUGGCUUUGCAGUUUCAGCGCCAGGAAAUGCCUAUUUUGGACAAGGCACAGGCACAAUUUACCUGGACGAUGUGCAGUGCACGGGGAACGAGUCGUCCCUCUUUGAGUGCAGGAGCCGUGGCUGGGGCGUGCACAGCUGUAACCACUCUGAGGAUGCCAGCGUGAUCUGCUCAGGUACCAUUGAUUCUUCUACAGGUCCUUCCCAGCUAACUCAUCCAACUGUGUUUGUGCUCAACUCCCUCUCUCCCAUAGGAACCGGUCUCCACCUGGUCAACGGGCGGCACAGAUGUGAGGGCCGCGUAGAGCUGUAUUAUGAAGGCCGGCUGGGGACGGUCUGUGAUGAUCUCUGGGACCUCGCUGAUGCCCAGGUUGUGUGCAGGCAGCUGGGAUGUGGCCAGGCCAUUGCAGCUCCGGGCAGUGCUUACUUUGGCCAAGGCUCAGGCAGCAUCCUGCUGGACGACGUGCGGUGCCAGGGAAAUGAGCUGGCCUUGCAGCACUGCAGUCACAUUGGAUGGGGGAGACACAACUGCAACCACCAUGAGGAUGCUGGUGUUGUCUGUUCAGGAACCAGUCUCCACCUGGUCAAUGGGCAGCACAGAUGUGAGGGCCGCGUAGAGCUGUAUUAUGAAGGCCAGCUGGGGACGGUUUGUGAUGACUUCUGGGACCUCGCUGAUGCCCAGGUUGUGUGCAGGCAGCUGGGAUGUGGCCAGGCCAUUGCAGCUCCGGGCAGUGCUUACUUUGGCCAAGGCUCAGGCAGCAUCCUGCUGGACGACGUGCAGUGCCAGGGAAAUGAGCUGGCCUUGCAGCACUGCAGUCACAUUGGAUGGGGGAGACACAACUGCCGCCACCAUGAGGAUGCUAGUGUUGUCUGUUCAGGAACCGGUCUCCACCUGGUCAAUGGGCGGCACAGAUGUGAGGGCCGCGUAGAGCUGUAUUAUGAAGGCCAGCUGGGGACGGUUUGUGAUGACUUCUGGGACCUCGCUGAUGCCCAGGUUGUGUGCAGGCAGCUGGGAUGUGGCCAGGCCAUUGCAGCUCCGGGCAGUGCUUACUUUGGCCAAGGCUCAGGCAGCAUCCUGCUGGACGACAUGUGGUGCCAGGGAAAUGAGCUGGCCUUGCAGCACUGCAGUCACAUUGGAUGGGGGAGACACAACUGCCGCCACCAUGAGGAUGCUGGUGUUGUCUGUUCAGGCACCCGUGUGCGGCUGGCCAACGGCCGACAUGCCUGCGAGGGCCGCGUGGAGAUGCAGGACGGGCAGCGCUGGGGCACAGUGUGUGACGAUUUUUGGAGCCUGAGGGACGCGCAGGUGGUGUGCCGUCAGCUGGGCUGUGGGCCUGCCAUCGCCGCCCCGGGCAGCGCUCACUUUGGUGCUGGCACAGGCCGCAUCCUGCUGGACAAUGUGCAGUGUCGUGGGGAUGAGACCUCCCUGCUGCGCUGCCGGCAUGGCGGCUGGGCCGUGCACAACUGUGGGCACAUGGAGGAUGCUGGUGUCAUCUGUGCAGGUAUGUGGGUGAUGGGGAUCCAGCUCCAUGAGCCCCUCGUUGCGCUCCAUCCCUUCCGUCCAACGCCCCCUUACUUUUGUGGUGGCUUAAUUUCAAAUUCCUCUGGGAUGCUGCAGAGCCCAAACCACCCUGGAAAUUAUCCAAACAACGCUGACUGUGUGUGGGAAAUACAAGUACAGAAUAAUUUCCGUGUCAUGCUCACAUUUAGAGAUAUUGAGAUGCAGAGCAGCAGGUGCCAGUAUGACUACAUUGAAGUCUAUGAUGGGCCCCCACACUCUUCUCCACUUCUUGGGAGAAUUUGUGCCGGUUCCUUUCGCACGUACACGUCAUCUUCAAACCUGAUGAGCGUUCGCUUUCACAGCGAUUCAAGAUACACAUCUAGAGGGUUUCAAGCCCACUACUCCUCCAUUCCAGCAGAUCACAACAUCGCCCUUACGUGCUUGCCAGACUACAUGCAUGCAGUGGUUAGCAGGGACUAUCUCCAGUCCCAGGGCUACAAUGCAGAGGGGGUCACCCUGAAUGACACUGGCUGUGAACCGAUGCUCACAUCACGUGAGGUUGUGUUAAACAUUCCCUACGACAGCUGUGGGACGACAAGAGAGGAAAGCAAUGAUACAAUCAACUAUUCCAACGUGAUCAAAGUUAUCUCUUCUGGGCACAUAAUAAAGAGGAAAAAGGAUCUUCUGUUACACAUCAGUUGCAAAAUGCUACAAAACACAUGGAUGCAAGUGAUGUAUGUUGCUGACGAUACUGUGGAUGUGAAUGAAAAUCAGUUUGGAAGAUAUGCUGUAAACAUUACGUUUUAUGAUUCCUCAUCAUUCUUGCGGCCAGUGCGUGACUCUCCGUACUACAUUGACCUGAACCAAAAUUUGUACCUUCAAGCUUACCUUCACAGCUCUGACCCAAAUCUGAUGAUGUUUGUGGACACAUGUGUGGCAUCACCCGAUCCUCAUGAUUUUAACACUCUGGCCUACGAUAUAAUCAAGGAUGGAUGCAUCAGAGAUUCUUCCUAUGCCUCCUACUACUCCCCCUACAGCCACUUUGCUCGCUUCAAGUUCAAUGCCUUUGAGUUCAUCCACCGCCACGCGUCAGUCUACCUGCGGUGCGAGCUGGCGGUGUGCCGGCUGGGCGACUACUCCUCCCGCUGCUACCAGGGCUGCCUGAGCCGCUCCAAGAGAGAGGCAAGUCCUGCCCACGAGAAAGCAGACGUCAUUGUCGGACCGCUAAAGCUUCGAGAAGGAGAUGCUCAGAGCAGGAAUACUGGUUUUAUCAGCACGAUGCGGAUCCCAGACAAAAUGGGUUGCACUCUGGCCAUCGUGUGCAUGCUACUUCUGCUUGGAGGGCAUCUCCAGGGGUCAGAACUGAGCCUGAGGCUAGUGGAUGGGCAGAACAGAUGCCAGGGCCGCGUUGAAAUAUUUUACAAUGGAGCUUGGGGAACAGUUUGCGAUGACUCCUGGGACAUGGACGAUGCCAACGUGGUCUGUGCUCAGCUCGGAUGUGGCCAGGCCACUGGUGCCGUGGGGGCAGCCCAGUUUGGUGAGGGCACAGGAGACAUCCUGCUGGAUGAAGUGCAGUGCCGAGGGAACGAGGCUCUGCUCUGGCAGUGCUCCCAUGAUGGAUGGCUCAUCACCAACUGCCUUCAUCAGGAAGAUGCCGGUGUCAUCUGUGCAGACGUGUCCCUGAGGCUGGUGAAUGGGAGGAACCGAUGCGAGGGCCGUGUCGAAGUCCAUUACCAGGGCAACUGGGGCACAGUCUGCGACGACUCCUGGGACCUGCAGGAUGCCCAGGUGGUGUGCAGCCAGCUGGGCUGUGGCAGGGCUGUUUCUGCCCUAGGAAAUGCCAAUUUCAGCCAAGGCUCGGGAGAGAUCCUCCUUGACGACGUGCAGUGCAGAGGGAAUGAGGCCUACCUGUGGGAAUGCCCCAGCAGAGGGUGGUCAGUCCAUAACUGCGCGCACGUGGAAGAUGCUGGUGUUGUUUGCUCAGGAACUGAAAUACCUGAGGUGUCCAUGAGGCUGAUAAAUGGCAGAAACAGAUGUGAAGGGCGCGUGGAAAUCUACUAUAAGGGAAGCUGGGGGACUGUAUGUGAUGAUUUCUGGGACAUAAAUGAUGCGCAGGUCGUCUGCAGGCAGCUGGGAUGUGGAAAUGCUCUCUCUGCACUGGGAAAAGCACAUUUCAAUCCAGGGACAGGGGAUAUUUUCCUGGAUGAUGUGCAGUGCCAUGGAAAUGAAUCCUACCUGUGGGAAUGCUCUCACAGAGGAUGGGCCACACAUAACUGUGGGCACAGAGAAGAUGCCAGUGUGCGUUGCUCAGGUACAAGUGAAGUAGCUCUGCGCCUGGAGAAUGGCGGCAAUCAAUGCGAGGGACGUGUGGAAAUGUUUUACAAAGGACAGUGGGGAACAGUGUGUGAUGACUGGUGGGAUAUUGAAGAUGCUCGGGUUGUCUGCAGACAGCUGGGCUGUGGGCAGCCCAUCUCAGCACCAGGAGAGGCCCAGUUCGGGGAAGGCUCUGGGGUUAUUUUCCUGGAUGACGUGCAGUGCAGAGGGAACGAAGCUCACGUAUGGGAAUGCUCCCACAGCGGUUGGUCAAGACAUAACUGUGGCCACAGUGAAGAUGCCAGUGUUGUCUGCUCAGAGACACCACAAUUGCGACUGGCAUCUGGUGGGGACAGAUGUGCUGGAAGGGUUGAAGUUUACCACAACAGCGAGUGGGGGACAGUCUGUGAUGAUUUCUUUGAUAUGAACAGUGCCAGCGUUGCGUGCAGACAACUCAAAUGUGGCCAAGUUGUUUCUGUCCUGGGCUGGGCUUACUUUGGCCCUGGAGAAGGAAGCAUCCUUCUGGAUGAUGUGAAGUGUGCAGGAACCGAAUCUCACAUUUGGGACUGCUCGCAUGCCGGCUGGAACAAAAGUGACUGUGGACACAAUGAGGAUGUCAGUGUCGUCUGCUCAGCAGAUGUUCCAGCCCUGUCCCUGCGCCUUGCAGAUGGUGACAGCAGGUGCUCAGGCCGUGUGGAGCUCUAUUACAACGGCAGCUGGGGAACAGUCUGUGAUGAUGCUUGGGAUAUGGGAGCUGCUGAGGUGGUGUGCCGGCAGCUGGGCUGUGGGGAGCCUAUGUUGGCAGUGCCUGAAGCACAGUUCGGCCAGGGCUCCGGGAACAUCCUCCUGGAUGAGGUGCAGUGCAGAGGGGAUGAGGACAGCCUGUGGGACUGCUCUCACCGAGGGAUAGGUGUGCAUAACUGUCAGCCAAAGGAAGACGCCGGCGUCAUUUGCGCAGAGCCUGUUACUCCCCCAGUCCCAACUGAGCCUGUCCCAGCUGAGCUGUCUCUGAGGCUGGUGAAUGGAGACAACGAGUGCUCAGGGCGCCUGGAAGUCUUCUACAACGGCAGCUGGGGAACCAUCUGCGAUGAUGACUGGGACAUAAACAGUGCCAGGGUUGUGUGCAGGGAGCUGAGCUGCGGAGAUGCCGUCUCAGCCAAAAAAAGUGCCUUUUUUGGGGAAGGCACGGGAGAUAUCCUCAUGGAUGAUGUGAAAUGCACAGGGGAUGAGUCCUUCCUGGAGCAGUGCUCUCACAGGGAGCUGGGAACGCAUGACUGUUUGCACAAGGAAGAUGCUGGUGUUAUCUGCACAGGGCCUGUGGAUCUUACCACUCCUGGAACAACAGCCCCAACUGAAUCCACCACAGCUGAAACUUCAGCAACCCCUGCAGGCAGCACCACGUCUGAAGCACCAGUAACCACCUCUCCCACUCCUGGACCAGCAGCCACUACCAGCUCUCCUGCAGGCAGCACCAUGUCUGAAGCACCAGGAGCCUCAACAACUCCAUUGAUCUCCUCAACUCUACCAGUCUCUUCAACUCCUCAAAGCACAGAAAUCAGCACUUCUUCUCCAAAGCCAGUACCUACAAGUCAAGCAACCCUUGCUUGUCUGCCUACUUACAUGCGGGCAAUCAUCAGGAGAUCCUACAUCAACUCCCGAGGGUACCUUGCAAGUGACAUCCACCUGAGGGACCCCAGGUGCAAGCCUGUGAUCAGCAGCUACCACGUCAUGUUCCGCAUACCAUACGAUGGCUGUGGCACACAGAGGCUGAUAUCACGUGGAGCCAUCACUUACUCCAACACAGUGGAAGGAUCCAUUUCUAGCAACUCCUACAGCAGAAAUAGAAAUCCUCUGCUAAACUUUGCCUGCAAAAUAUACGACGAUGCUGGUGCCCAAACAAUACCCAGCGUCAUACGGCCUGCGUACCAGGAAACUCCAUCUAGGCAAUUUGUGGUCAAGUUUGCCUUUUAUGACUCACCAUCCUUCUCCAAUGUAGUGAAGGAAGCACCAUACUAUGUAAUGCCGAGCCGGGAUUUGUUUGUUCGUGCUACCCUGUACAGCACACAGCCAAACGUGAUGCUGUUUGCAGACACCUGCGUGGUCUCUCCAAAUCCCCACGACUUUGUGACUGUGGCAUCUGAUAUCAUACGAAACGGGUGUGUCAGAGACCCAACCUAUAGGAGCUACUUUUCACCAGACAGCAGGAUUGUCCAGUUCCGAUUCAGAGCCCCCAGUUUUAUCAGCAGAUACUCAUCCGUUUACCUACAGUGCAAGAUGGCAGUGUGCAACAGAUACGAUUAUUCCUCCCGCUGCUACCAGGGCUGCAUAGCCAGAGGCAAAAGAAGCACAGGAGAUGGCAGUGGAAAUGUCAUUAUCGUUAUCUCCAGACUACAGUAGCCCCAAUAACACUUCUUCUAAUUCUAAUAUUACGCUGAUCACUUAUAAAUGUGAUCAGUAGGUUGCACACCUGCUCGUAUUUUAAUCUUAACUGUAUUGUGUUCCUUAAUUUCAAACUUUUGGAUCUAUAUUCCAGAUCUGUAAAAGCCUAAACUUUAGUAAAAACUCAGUGAUAAACUGUAAUGGAUCAGCUUUUUGUUCUUCCCCACCAAGACUGUUUCCCUCUCUUGUACUGCAUAACUCAAAUAUUUAGUAUUCAAGAAUUACUAACCUGCCUUGUAAAGCAGUGGUGUUGCUUUACAAGCUCAAGAAUAGGAACCCCUUGUAACCAAUAAUGUCUGAGCAAUUAUUUUAAAUAGGAGCCCAACAGUUUUUGGGGAAAUAUUGUCCAUGCCCAGAGCUGUAAUCUCUCCGAUACCUAUGACCUAUUCCCAUUUUCCAUGUCAGUUUUUAUUGCUGGAGAUUAGACCUGAAAAAAAUAUAUAUAUUUUCUUCAUGAUAUACGUAUUUGUUUCAUCCCUUUACUUUCAAUAUCUGUUCCAACUGUAUUACUUUGAGCCAGGAAUGUGUUUAACUCAGUAUGUUAAAUUGCCCUAUUGGAAUGACAUAGUGAAAACAGGGAGAAGAGUAACUUUCAGUUUGUAAUAGAGAAAAGUGUCUUGAAAGUCGCCACAGAACUCUACAGGAAAGAGAUUUAUUAAACUUUAGUAACAUGGUGAGCUUUGUUGGGAUGAGAAAAGCAUCUUGAAGGCCAGUAUUCAGUUUCCAUGCAGUGAAUAUCUGCAAAUUGCUCAAACUCAUAAUGAGAUGCUCUGUGUGAUGCUUAGAUCUGAUCUGACCAGGUCCCUGUUGCGGUGGCUCUGCCCAGGGCUGCUCCACUUAAUGCCAAUCCUAAGCCAGAGGGACUGUAAUGCCUGGUAGGAAAAUGGCUGAGAUUUCAGUCCUGAGCUGGAGUAUUUCCUAAUUGCACUUCAUUCACAUAGAACUCCACUGUGCUGGUAACCCUGCUGUUCUGCUUCUCACAGGUAAUGAUUUAAAGUGCUUGAAGUCACAUUUUCUCUGCUAUUGCACUCCCAGCCACAGGCAGUGAGGAAAAGUGCCUUUAAAUAACAGAUCCACUGCAGCUGAAUUCUUGUUCCUGUUUUCCAAAAUGCACACUAAUUUGU